GUCCAAGUGCAUGAGUAGACCUUGGAGGAGAUUGGCAAUCUCGCCCCCUAUCGCCCCAACCAUCGUCUCCCACGUCUAGACUUCCCACCACUUCGUCAAACAUCCUCCGUCGCACUGGGUAAUCGCAUUCACCACCAAAUGCCAACCAUCCCAAUGUCGCCGACCCACGCGAACCUCCAAAUCCACCCCCUCACCCGCCAGCACCACCCCCAAAUCCCCCUCCUCGCGCACACAGUCCAGCACCACCUAACCCACACCCGCCACUCCCUCCAACACCUCCGUGCCGAAUUCCUUCGUGGCGACUUUACGGAGGCCAAUGCGCCGCACGGACGGAGGGUGUGGGUUUUGCUUGACAGUAGUGGGAGCCACGAGGGUGAUGACGGUGAUGGGCAAGUGGCAGGCAUGGUCUGCAUCGACCCCCUCGCCCCCUCCCUCCGCUCGACAUGGGGCGUCCCCAAAACGGAGGAGGCGUGGAUGCUCCAUUCGCUCAUGAUCCAACCGGAAUUGCAGGGUGGGGGUCGGGGUAUUGGGGGUUGGUUUCUGGGGAGUGUUUUGGAACGGGUAAAAAGUGAUGAUGAUGUAUCCGCACGACCACGAACAAGACUUUUCCUGGACUGCUGGGCAGGCAACGCGUCCCUCCGUGCGUUCUACGAGCGGGCAGGAUGGACGUUGUGGGGGAUUUUCAGAGAAAGGGAGGGUGCGGAGGAGUGGGAUGUGAGUGUUUAUGCGUAUGUCACGAAUAAGAUAACCAUAACGAGUUCGCCGGACUGAGGGGUGGGAACUAUGUACAUGCCGUGCCGAUGGAGAGGCGAGGGGCUGGGCGUGCUUCCAUUCAUUCCGAUGGCGAAUUCCUCCAAGCAUCAUGCGGGGCCAGGUAUCAUGCGAAGCCUGCUAUGUCAUCGUCGUCCUCAGCCUGAUCCUCGUCACUUUCACCGUCAUGGCUCUCAAUCUCCCCGUCACCGUCACCGCCGUUGGGACCGCCACCGUCAAGGUCCCACCCAGCAAACGGCCUUAGUCGUCCAACCGCCGCUCUGUUGUUUCGUAUCAAGAGAAUAGUAGAUGCGGUGAGCUCCGAUACCCAGCAAUACCACACACACAAACGAACAAC